UGUCCCUGCAUCCCCAUUGAGCCCACCUGAACGCUGGCUUCGGAGGGAGUUGAACUUGAGUUCAGAUGCUCAACUCCCUCUGAAUCCUGCAGAUUGGUGCUGAGCACACAACAAAAGUUUUUAGCUUCUCCUCAGUCUCUGGUGCUUCUCAGGAGAGAGGCAAGGACUUUGCCAUUAAACUCAAGAAGCAGCCAGGGAACCAUCUCCUUUAACUUUUCAUACCCGUUACAAUUUGCAAUGAAGAGGAAACAGAAGAGAUUUCUGCAGAUGACUUUGUUAUUCAUGGUGGCUUUGAUAUUCCUGCCCAACAUUGGCCUCUGGUCUCUGUACAAGGAUAAGCAUCUGGUGAAAUCUACGGAGCCUGGGGAGCAGCAGACAUUUCCACUGGGCCUGGGAGAUGGGCAAUUCUAUGCAUGGACAGAUGGUUUGAGAAGAAAAGACUGGCAUGACUAUGAAAGCAUUCAGAAAGAGGCUAUGCGCUCAGGGAAAGGUGAACAUGGGAAGCCUUACCCCCUCACUGAAGAGGACCAUGACGACUCUGCUUACAGGGAAAAUGGCUUCAAUAUUUUUGUCAGCAACAAUAUUGCUCUAGAGAGAUCGCUGCCCGAUAUUCGUCAUGCUAAUUGUAAGCACAAGAUGUACCUGGAAAGACUGCCAAACACCAGCAUCAUUAUCCCAUUUCAUAAUGAAGGUUGGACUUCACUCCUGCGUACCAUACACAGUAUAAUUAACCGAACUCCAGAGAGUCUGAUAGCAGAAAUCAUUCUAGUAGAUGACUUCAGUGAUAGAGAACACUUGAAGGAUAAGCUAGAGGAAUACAUGGCCCGCUUUUCCAAAGUAAGGAUUGUUCGCACCAAGAAAAGGGAAGGGCUCAUCCGGACCCGACUCUUGGGGGCAUCGAUGGCCAGAGGAGAAGUCCUGACGUUCCUAGACUCCCACUGCGAGGUCAACGUGAACUGGCUGCCCCCGCUCCUUAACCAAAUUGCACUAAACCACAAAACCAUCGUGUGCCCCAUGAUCGAUGUCAUUGACCACAAUCACUUUGGGUAUGAGGCGCAAGCUGGGGACGCCAUGCGAGGCGCCUUCGACUGGGAAAUGUACUACAAAAGAAUCCCCAUCCCUCCAGAGCUCCAGAGGGCAGAUCCCAGCGACCCUUUUGAGUCUCCUGUCAUGGCUGGAGGUCUCUUUGCUGUGAAUCGAAAAUGGUUUUGGGAGUUAGGUGGCUAUGAUCCGGGUUUAGAAAUCUGGGGAGGAGAACAGUAUGAAAUCUCUUUUAAGGUUUGGAUGUGUGGAGGAGAAAUGUUCGAUGUUCCAUGUUCUAGAGUUGGCCAUAUCUACAGGAAGUACGUCCCUUAUAAAGUUCCAUCCGGGACCAGCCUGGCAAGAAACCUGAAGCGGGUGGCCGAGACCUGGAUGGAUGAAUUUGCCGAGUACAUUUACCAGCGACGCCCAGAGUACAGGCACCUCUCCACGGGGGACAUCUCUGCCCAGAAGGAGUUGCGCAAACAGCUCAAGUGCAAGGACUUCAAGUGGUUCAUGGCUGCAGUGGCCUGGGAUGUGCCCAAGUACUACCCUCCCGUGGAGCCCCCACCCGCUGCCUGGGGAGAGAUUCGAAACGUGGCAGCCAAUCUCUGCGUGGAUAGCAAGCACGGAGCCACAGGCACGGAGCUAAGGCUGGACAUCUGUGUCAAGGAUGGUUCUGAGCGGACGUGGUCACAUGAACAGCUCUUUACUUUCGGAUGGAGAGAAGACAUUCGACCUGGGGAGCCGCUGCACACCCGGAAGUUCUGCUUCGAUGCGAUCUCACACCACAGCUCGGUCACUCUCUACGACUGUCAUGGCAUGAAGGGGAACCAGCUCUGGGGACACCGCAAGGACAGAACACUGUUCCACCCUGUGAGCAACAGCUGCAUGGAUUGCAACCCUGCAGAGAAGAAGAUUUUCAUGGCCAGAUGUGACCCUCUAUCUGAGACUCAGCAGUGGAUUUUUGAACAUAUUAAUAUGACUGUUUUAGAAAAAUUUAACCACCAUGCCAGCUCCUAGAAAGAAAGAAGGAAAAAAGAGUGAGAUUACCUACAGAUUCUAAAAACUGAAUUUUUGCCAGCAUCCGGGUCCAAGGAGUCAGGAAUAACAUUUCCUAGAUCUAGGAAGCCUGGUUUCAAGUUUUGUAAAUGCCACAUCAAAGUAGGUUGUCCUGGAGCACUUCCUGCAUCUGAAGAACUUGGCUGAGACCCUCACCAGCUGCUUCUGAGCACUUGAGACUAGCAGUUCCCUUGCUGGCCAAGGGCGAGGAUUAUUUAGGGACUUUUCAAAACAACUGCUGAGUUAUUAAAUCCUAGCAUUUCUCAGGUCAAAUCCUGCAGUAGUGAGUAGCUAUGAAUGGAUCCUGUCAUUUGGGUAGGGGGGUGGGGGUGGAAAUAGAGUGCAUGACUGCUCUGACAACCUGAAGACACCGCAGGUGUAGGACUAGCCACGCUGAGGGGGUGAGCUGUACUCCUUGGUGCCAUUCUCCGACUAAGAAUGGGUUAAGCAGGUUUAACCCUUAAAAGUGCUGCAGAUGAUUUUAGAGUGCUCACACCAUUCUGUUUUCUUGUUUUGUUUUGUUUUUUUAAUGAAGGUGUGCUAUCUAAUAUAAGACAAAUUACAUCAUGAAAUGAACUUUCAGUGUUUCCAUUCUUGCAUUGGCCAUUUUCCUUUUUGAGCAGAAGUAACUUAUUAUUUAUAAAAGGUUGUGCUCCAUCAAUCAGCUGAAGUUCUAAUUCAGUGCCCUUGUAUGAAUCCAGUUUAAAAACAAGAAACAAAACACUAUGCUUCCAAGUUACUCCAAAGAGAAAGAUUUCACAGUAGCAGCAAAACCAUGUCAGAUUUAGGAGAGGAAUUUCCUUAGGAAAUCUAUUUUUACUUUUCUAUUAUUUUUAGAAUUUUAGAAGUCUGAUGUUUGUCCAGUUAUAAUUUUUAUUAAGGAAGGAAAUGGAGUGAGGUUGAUGUAAUUUGUUUAAGGAGAUUCUUAAACCCAAAUAAAUCUACACUCCAAGCAGUGUGUGAAAAUGCCUUGGUUCACUUCAGUUCUGUUUGAUGAGUCCUUGGGACAUAGAAGUGUUUUAUUCAUAUGGUUUUAGACUUUUUUGUUUUAUAGCAUUGAUACUAAUGAUGUUUUUGUUUUACUUAGAAGUGCACAGGAGGAAUUUCCAUUAACAGUGCAUCUGACACCAUUUUCUGUAAAUGAGACAAUAUUUCAGGGGCGAAGACAGAAAUGAUUAAAAAAACUAAAUGGAACAUUUAAUCUUAAAAUAAUUUUUAUUUUACUUUUUAACAAUAAUGGAGAUGAGAGAGGAAUGUGUAGGGAUCAAGAUGGCUCCUUAGAGGCAAAAAUCAUGUUUAUUAUACAUUUCUUGAGUUUUUUCAGGUAGAAAGAGGUUUUUAUUUUACUUUCAUUGUUUUCUUUUACUUUGGUUUUCUUUUGAUAAAAAUGUGUCUAUUAUCUUGGAUAUAGAAGGACCGAAUUCUAGAAUGGUUUUACAGAUGAAUACCAAAAGCCCGGAGAGGGCAGUCUCCUCUCCUGGCAGGGUAGCUGGGCCUUCUCACCCGACUUCAGCGCUCUUUCUCCUGUUUUGUGUUGCCUUGCUCCGUCACCCAAGGUAGUUCUGAUCAUUACUCUGGUUUAACCCACAGUUUUCAGUCACUAGAUGAAAUGCCAUGCCUCCCUGGGGAUGCCUACGAGAGUAGCAUUCAUGUUCAGAAACUUUAAUAUAUGAAAACUCUUCCUGUAAAUGUUCAUGGUUUUGUCCUCUCCUUAAAAUCUAAUCAAAAUGUCCAGUUGAACUGCCCUGCUAAUAGUUGGGGAAGAGCUAUUUUGUUAUCUUUACUGAUUUUUCAAGCAUUCUUUUGAAGAACUCUUCUCUUUAAACUGAUAGUCAGAGAUUUUUUUCUUUCUUUUUUUUUUUUAGUCAGUCAAGAGAUCUUGAAGUUUUCAAGAUGCGUAGUAGAGAAAAUCAAUAGUAAGAAAUUAACCUGUGUGUUGCACAAUUCCAGAGAUGGGGUAAAGCUUUAUCGCAAGUGUUCAGAGAGCAAUCUGGUCUUAGAAUUAGAUGAGCCUAUAAAAAUCCACAUUAUGUCAUUAAACAGUUGACUGCUAUUUACACUUCCACCCAAGAGCCACACUUGGGUUCUGCACCCUGGACGACCGUAUGUUAGGAUGCUCUCAUCGCUGGAAGCUAGCCACAGUGUGUUCGGCGCUGUCCUUGGAGAAAGCCUGGGUACUGCGCACUUUAUUGCAACCCUUAGGAUCAACAAAAAUUGGUGCCCUGAUUUCAGAGGGGCUAUCUCUUGGAUUUAAUCUCAGAAUCAAAGGAUGUAAAAUAACCCAUUAAAAUUAAGAAAACAACUUGAGAGGAUCAUGAGACAAUCAAAGCCAAAAUUAAAACUUCAAACUGCCAACUGCCAAGAAAUUGUUCAAUGUUUGCAAAUGGGGACCAUCCC